AAUCACCCGUCUCUUUUCAUACCUAUUUAUACUAGCAUAAAAACUACCCUCCUUGUCAGGGUAUUUAGGCGGGGGUGUAUAUAUUGACCAGAACGAAAAAGUUUCAAACAUCAGUUCACCUCGAAAUAUCGCACAGCACGGACAAAGUGCACGCUCUCUAACUCUAACCAACAUCACAGUAGUUGUUGCGAGUCUCCUCUUCAGUCAGUUUAAGACUUCUUUUAGUGACGUUUGUUUGUUUUAUUUGUGAUAACAGUGAUGCAUCUACCAGUGCCCAACUUCAUGGAUUUGUACAGCCACAUGCAGGAAGCUCUCCAGGAAUACCAUGGAGAACUGGUGCAAACCGGAAGCCCUUCAGUGCUAUGCAGUAACCUGCCAACGCACUGGAGGUCCAACAAAAGUCUGCCGAUCGCCUUCAAGGUGAUCGCGCUGGACGACAUCCCCGACGGCACCGUAGUCUGCUUAAAAGCAGGAAACGAUGAGAAUCUGUGCGCGGAAUUACGAAACUGCACCGCUAUCAUGAAGAACCAGGUUGCUAAAUUCAACGACCUCCGGUUCGUCGGAAGAAGCGGUCGCGGCAAGUCCUUCACGCUAUCCAUCGUCAUCAACACCUUCCCAAAUCAAGUAGCUAUGUACUCGAAGGCUAUCAAAGUUACCGUCGACGGACCCAGGGAGCCCAGAACCAAAUCAAGUUACCAAUACGGAUACGGAUUACCAGGACUCCCAGCAAACUUCAAUCCCUUCCUGAUAAAUCCAACCUGGUUCGACGCCGCUUACAUGUCUUACGCGGUGCCAGACUACCUCAGGAAUCGCGUUCCACCAAUGCCUCAGCAAGCAUUAAUAAAACCGACACAAACAGAAUUUUUCAUUCCGCAACCACCGCCAGUUUUCCACCCGCCGACUUUCUUUCCGCCAACGGAAACCUUCCCCAUCAGACACCAUCCGAUGGAACAGUUAUCUCUGCGUCUCUCCUCACCUGUAUCGAACACCCAGAGCAUUAGCCCGAACAGGCUUAACUCUACUUUGGACCAAUCCACCUCCGAGCAAUCAGAGGAUGAGGACAUCGACGUAGUGAAAUCCGCCUUCCAACCGAUCAAACCUGCCAGCAUAGUUCUUCAAGAAAUUCAGCACCCAGACUCCACCGUCAAAGAAGAACCGCUCGACAAAAUGGAAUUGAAAGCGCCCAGCUCGAGGAAGCUCACCACCUUGUCGAAUAGCAAACCACCAUCAAAAGUCUGGAGGCCCUACUAAGAAACAAAUGGAUUACGUGAAAUUUAUUAAGUUUGCAAUAUUUGUAAAUACGUGUACAUACUUAAGAUGAAGAUAUAUUUAUUGUGAAUAAUUUAUUUAUAUACACUUAGAACUGCAAUUGUGAUAGCAGAUUAAAAUUAUAUAAAACAAAUAAUAAUAAUAUGAAGACAAAAAAACUCGACGAUUCUUAUUAUGAGGAAAUGAACAUUUUUUUAGAAAUUUAGAU